AUGAAGAUUUUCACAACCCUGGCACUGAUCGCCUGUAUGGUGGUGGGUAUCAACGCUCUUCCAAAGCCUCGUGGUGAUACAAUCUCCAAGUCUACCCGGUCUGAGGAAUCGACCGACGCCGCUCUCUAUGGCCCAGUCGACUGGGAUAAGAAGAAGCGCGGCGAUGACUCGACCGAUGCCGCCCUCUAUGGCCCAGUCGACUGGGAUAAGAAGAAGCGAGGCGAUGACUCGACCGACGCUGCCCUAUACGGCCCGGUCGACUGGGAUUAA